AUGGCGGGGGCGCAGCUGCGGCGCGUGGUGGCCGUGCUCCUCCUGGCCUGCUGCUGCAGCAUGGCGCCGGCGGCGACGGCGAGGGGGAUGUCGGCGGGGAUCGCGCACAACAUCACGUCCUUCCUCAGCGGCCACCCGGAGUACAAGCAGUACAACCGGUACCUGACGGAGACGCGGGUGUGCGACGAGAUCAACGCGCGCGCGGGGGUCACGGUGCUGGUCCUCGGCGACGGCGCCAUGUCCACGCUGGUGUCGGACGCCGGGGCCGACCUGGGCGCCAUCAAGAACGCGCUCCGCCUGCACGCGCUGCUCGACUACUGGGACGUCAAGAAGCUCAAGGCCCUCCCCGCCGGCGCCGACACGCUCACCGACACCUUCUACCAGGCCGCGGGCGGCGCGGCCACCAGCGCCACGGGCAGCGUCAAGAUGGCCAAGCUGGACGGCGGCGGCUUCGGCUUCGCGUCCGCCGCCAGCCCCGGCGACGCCUACGACGCCACCUUCGCCAAGGCGCUCAAGCAGACGCAGUACGACUUCGCGGUGCUGGAGGUCACGGCGCCCAUCGAGUUCGACGGCCUCUUCGACGGGCCGACCGUCGCCAACCUCACCAAGCUGCUGGAGAAGGCCGGCUGCAAGCGCUUCGCGGCGCUCAUCGCCAGCACGGGCGUGCUCAAGGACUACCAGGCGGCGAUGGCGGACGAGGCCGGGCUGACCCUGUUCGCGCCCAAGGACGAUGCGUUCCUGGGCAAGGGCGCGCCGGACGUGGACGCGAUGCCCCGCGCCGACCUCGUCGCGCUCCUGCGGUACCACGCGCUGCCGGGGUACAACCCGAGGCCGUCGCUCAAGCUGGUGAAGGCGUCGGCCCGGCCGUUCCGCACGCUGGCGUCCACGGCGGGCGGGAAGUACAACGUGUCGGUGGUGGCCCGCGGCGACGACGUGUCGCUCGACACCGGCCUCCGCAAGUCCCGCGUGGCGGAGACGGUCCUGGACGACACGCCCGUGUGCGUGCUCACGGUGGACCGCCUCCUGAUGCCCCUGGAGCUCUUCGCCGGCGCGCCCGCGGAGGCCCCCUCGCCGACGCCCGCGCCGGCGCCGUCCCCCGCGGACGCGACGCCGAGCUCCCCGCCGGCGCCGCCGCCAGCCGACGCCCCGUCGGAGGCCGCCGCGGACCACGUUCACAAGGACGUCAAGGCGUCGUCUGCCUCCGCGCUGUCGGUCGGCGCGCUCGCCGCGGCCGCGUGCUCCGCCGUGCUCGCCUCUCUACUGUGA